CCCACACUCGUGCCAACUUUCUCCGUUCGAACCUCCUUUUUUCCCACGACUUUCCGACCAACAAACUUGCAACCAAAUACCCGAUAUCGACACCGACACCAUCAUUUGAGCAUGUCUAGGACAAUCGGCCACCCCUAGCCGUCGGUCCUCGCAGCAUUGCUCAAAAUAAUAUUGAGUAUUUCUGUGCACCAUCUACCGCGAAAUGCCCUCCAGGUCUUUUAUCGAAAGCCAACAGCAGCCCGACAGCUUGCACUCAGACUUCAAACCAAACGCCGCCGGCGUCGUCCAUUUCGACUUUGGCUUCACUAGCGACAAGGUCCAUGGAAACCAGCCUGUGCACCGGGCCCCCUCUUCACAUCCAUCGAAUGAUAGUUUCGACGAAGCCUACAGCAGCACCUCGAGCAACACAUCAAACUCGUCGUCGGCCUGCGCUCCCCCGACACGCCUGAAUGGGGACGAUUCGGCGGGCAAUACCUCAAUUCCCGCCGACAUGACGUCCGCCACAGCGAUGUCGAACGGGAAGCCCGGCGCCGGCGAGAAGCUCUCUCAUGUCGAGACCACCGAAUCCUUUUACCGAAAGCCAUUGGUAAAUGGUGUUACCACAACCACCUUGGUCGACAGAACCGUCUCCUCCACUCCAAAUCAACAACAGCAGUACAUGUCCCCACCCGCACACUCGCCCCCUGAGCCUCCGCGGCAAAGGAUCAGUAAUGGCAUGAACCACGAUGAUCAGAAGAUGCACGUGUCGGCUGCUCACCGAGACAGCCAUUUGUUGAGAGCAUCAAUGACCUCGACGAAUGGCGAAUCAAUACCGCCCACACCAGUUGAUAUGUACAUGAAGCCCAUGCACCGGGCCGAUGUCGUCACUCUGGAUACCUCUACUGCCAGUGCCCCUUCCCAUAACUUCUCUAACCCUACAAGUCCCACGCCCGCCACUCCGGAACGCAACGGCGUACCUCACCGCUUCUCAUCUCCUCCUCAUUACAACUCUAAUGGAGGCACGCCAUCGUCCUCCUCGGCUGGGCUCGCACCACCAGGGGCUGCUCUGAAACACCGUCACACCUUGGAAGUACCAAAGGUUGGUCCGUCUAGGGGGUCUCGGGAUGGUCCGGAUGCAGCUUAUACCAGUGGGCGGUUCUCACCCACCAACACGCCAACUGGCGGGCGUAGGGCUUCUCUGAGCUUGGUUCGUAGGAAUACCAGGUCACUGCACUCCGACAUGCCCCGUGACGAGAUAAUACCAGACGACGACGCUCUUAGGUGGGCCGAGGCAUACCGUCAAAAGAGGGCGAGCAAGCGCAAGCGUUUGGAAGAGGACGACGACCGGGUUGUCAUCGGAAACAAGGUCGACGAAAAACACACCAACUGGGUUGCAGCCUACAACAUGCUUACGGGCAUUCGCGUCUCUGUUUCGCGAACGAACGCGAAGCUGGAUAGGGCACUGACCGACGAAGACUUCCAGACCAAGCAAAAGUCCACGUUUGACGUUGCCGGCAAUGAACUUGUUCCAUCCGCAAAAUACGACUUCAAGUUCAAGGACUACGCGCCGUGGGUCUUCCGCCGCCUCCGUGCCAUCUUCGGUCUCGAUCCCGCCGACUAUCUGAUGUCUCUGACUGGCAAGUAUAUCUUGUCUGAGCUCGGUUCUCCCGGCAAGAGCGGCAGCUUCUUCUACUUUUCCCGCGACUAUAAGUAUAUCAUCAAAACCAUUCAUCACUCGGAACACAAAUUUCUUCGCAAGAUUCUCAAGGACUACUACGAACACGCGACCGAAAAUCCGAACACGUUGCUGUCUCAGUUCUAUGGUCUCCAUCGUGUGAAGGUUGCAUAUGGUCGCAAGAUUCACUUCGUGGUCAUGAACAACCUCUUCCCACCGCACCGGGACAUCCACCAAACGUUUGAUCUGAAGGGCUCCACUAUUGGGAGAGACUACAAGGAAGACAACCUGGGACAGAAUCCACGUGCCACUCUGAAGGAUCUGAACUGGCUCAGGCGUAAGAAGCACUUGGAGCUUGGGAUCCAAAAGAAGCAGCUAUUUUUGGAACAGCUGAGGAAGGACGUCAAGUUGCUGCAAAAGCUAAAGAUCAUGGAUUACUCUUUGCUCAUUGGGAUUCACGAUCUUCAACGAGGAAAUGAGGAGAAUCUGCGACACAAGACCCUCCAAGUCUUCAAUCCAGGUGGUAGCGCAGGCCCGGAUGAGCCCGACCCUGCGAAGUCAGUACUCUUGCGGACGCCAUCGAAGCUGGAGAACCAGAGGAAAGCACGGGAGCUGAGGCAGAUGAUCAAAUCCGAGAGGCCUAUACCAAUGGGCGAAGGCAGCAGCACUAUGCCAAAUGAGUUGGAACAAGGGGUCAGGUCAGAUUCAGUAUUCUACAAAGAUGAUGGGGGAUUUCAAGCCACCCACGAAGACAAUAGCCCUGGCGAAGAGAUCUAUUAUCUGGGAGUCAUCGACUGCCUUACUCACUAUGGAUUCCUCAAGAAGAUAGAACACUUCUGGAAGGGUUUGUCACACGAUAGGACUCAGAUCUCGCCAGUUCCUCCGGAAGAAUAUGGAGACCGCUUCAUCAACUUCAUGUCUGGCAUAACGAUGUCACCGGAAGAGGUAGAACGGGAAACCCAGGAGCGGGACGCUCGUAUGCAAGCUGCUGCAGCUGUGGCGGAUGCCCAGGCCGCAGCUGCGCAAGAGGAUAGGGAGAAGGGCAAGGAACGUGUCUCGAGCUGGAACAGCAACUCCCGUUCGAAAACGAAUGCGAUCCCACCGGUUCCAUCCCAUCAACCACCUCCUAUCCCUGGAUCGAAGUCCCCUGAGGUCGAGGACGUAGUACGGAGGGCAGAGCAUGAGGCAUUCAAGCACCCCGAGCGAGAGCAGGAAGUGCCAGACAUGAUCUUGCGCACAACGACUGACGGGCCAAUGGAAUCGAAGGGAUCUACGGCACCUGGGUCUAAGGUGAACGGUUCUGCCUCGACCGCAUCGGAACGCAGGGAGCCUGCGCAACCUGCAGCUGUACUGCCGGUGGUGGAGGAGGCGGGAGAGGCCUCUUCAAUGGGUGGGAGAAGCAGAAGCCGUGUGUCAAACCGCUCGGACAUGUCGUCACAUAGCGAGCGCAGGCCCGUUACGCCAGCCAAGGACCGGGGGCGUUCGCAUGGAUUUAGCGUCUUGUCGGCGUUGAAGGGCAACCAGAAAGGCCUUCCUCCACCGACGCCACCGAAAAGCAGUCAUCUGAAGCCCGAAAGUGCAGACAGUGGGUACGGAGUGGUCGGGGGUGGUGGCCACAUCAUAAAGACAGGCCGAGUGCGGUCCAAUUCCGAUGCGCGUAGCACCAAGGGAUCCAUUAGCCGCGAGAGUCUCGAUAAAGCCCUCCCGCCGCUCCCGACAUAGGAUGCGCAGCGUAUGGCUGGAUUGUUAAUGCUAGGAUGGGCGUGAGCCCCAGCCCGGCUUCUCAGCCCUGCGCGAAGCCCAAAACCAGGAUGUAUGGUUUUACGCAAUAGGAGCUGCGGGCAGAGGGAUCAUGUGUUUUCAAGUCACACCGCUGCAUCAUGUUUGGUGUUUGCUAUUCAUUUCUUUUUCUUUUUCCUUGCCUGUCUCAGAAAGAUCAUGAUACCACUAUUGCAUGGAGCAGCAUAAAUUAGCCGUUACUAUCUUUCCACCCUUCAUUUCCUUUGUCAUUCCUACCUAAUUGCUUUGGACCCCAUCUCUCAAACACCAAUGCGUCGUCGAGUCGCAUUAUGAACCAACUACAUACUUUUCCUUUGAGAUUGUCAUCAUUUCCUUUGUCAUCAUUAUUGUUGUUGAUUACGCAUCUCCUUGUUUGCAGCGACAAUUUAUGUUCAGGCGGUUGGUGUAUUAAUGUUUUAUAUCCGCUUCAGAUUACCAGACUUGGAUGGGAAGCUUUGUCAGAGUACACAAGGACUCGUCCGGAAUCAUACUCUGUUUUCGUUCCAAUCUCGCUGGCGGUGCGACGGAUGCAGAAGGACAACUAUUGCCGCAUGUUGAGUUAGUGGCGGGAGUCGGCAUUUCUUUGUAGAUAUCUUCUCUUUCUUGCACGACGAUACCUCAUAGACCCCUUUGGAUGACGAGAACUCGCUCAGGGGCUGUUUCAGAAAAUGGCUUUCAGGAGCUGUAGAAGUUAAAAAUUGAGAUUGUUGAUUGUUCACC